AACGUUGAACACUGGGCGCUUUCUAUUUCAAUGCAUUUUCAUUAAUUGCUCCAGUUUCUUAAGUGAAAAUCAAUCAAUGCAAUUACGCGCAUCCGGUAGUAUUACGGCAUAUGUAGCGUGCCCGCAUUAAAGCGAGCCAAACGAACGUAGGCGCCGCCCCAAGGACGUUUGAGGCUGUCAGACACAAAGAGAGAGAAAGAGAGAGCAGCUACAGAUUAAGGGCAAAUCUGACGUCAACAUCUUAAAAUUAACAAUGAUUCACGUUGGCGAAAACUCAUGGAAUCUGCGCAUAUACAUUACGGAUCUGGCGCUGGAGCGCACAAUGCGCGUGCGCGGCGACCAGCAUUUGGGCAGCAUAAUGCUGCAGCUGGUCGAUCCGGAGAAUCCCAAGGAUUGGUCUGAUCAUGCACUCUACUGGCCGGUCAAGAACAUUUGGCUAGCACGCACCCGAGCCACGCUGGAUCAGUGUGGCAUUCAAGCGGACAGUCUGCUCCACUUUACGCCCAUGCACAAGAUGCUUCGCGUCCAAUUGCCAGAUCUGCGGUAUUUGGACUGCCGUGUCGACUAUUCGGUGAAGACAUUCGCCGCCGUUGUGAAUCUGUGCAAACUGCUGGAUAUCCGCUAUCCGGAGGAGUUGUCGCUGUGCAAACCGCUCGAGGCAGAGCAUCUGAAGAAGAACUUUGCCCAGCUGCCGCAUCAGAAGCGGGUGCCCAUCGCUGAACCGGAUGGCACAACAUAUCUGCAGCCGGCACCAGACACCAACUCCUUUGUGCCCAUCAACUCGGCCUUUAACGGGGGCAGCAAUGGAAGCCUUGACAAACCAUCAGCACCAGGCAUGUUCUUCUGUGCGCCACUGUCGCCGCAUAAUGCAGUCACUGCGGCAUCCAGGCGCUCACCUACGCCGGGCACCUGGAAACCCAGUCGCACUGGCUAUGCCACCUUUGACUCGUCCUCCUCAAGUUUGGGUGACUUUCAGGAGAAUCUGGCCAGCUCACCGCAUACACUGAGCGCCGAGAUGCGCGCUCGCCUCUUGCGUCCCAAAUCGCUGGUGGAGAAGGCACGUCUCAAUGUCGGCUGGUUGGACAGUUCGUUGUCGCUGAUGGAGCAGGGCAUACGCGAAUAUGAUACGCUCUGCUUGCGCUUCAAGUACUAUACGUUCUUCGAUUUGAAUCCCAAGUACGAUCAGGUGCGCAUCAAUCAGCUGUACGAGCAGGCCAAGUGGUCCAUACUGAACGAGGAGCUGGACUGCAGCGAGCAGGAGACGCUCAUGUUUGCCGCGUUGCAGUUUCAGGUGAAUCAUCAGGUGGACAUGCAGCCGAUGACAACCGUCGACUCUGGUAUUGAGACGUCCAGUCAAGAGAACGAUGACGAUGACAUCGAUUCAGCGCUCAAUGAACUGCAGAUCACACUGGAGGGUAGCAGUGCACACGAUCCGAUUAACAUUACACGCAUACCGGAACUCUCCGAUUAUCUGCGCUUCCUCAAGCCACAGCGUUUCACGCUGCGUGGCUACAAGCGCUACUAUUUCACUUAUCGCGACUUGCACUUGCAUCUGUAUAAGAGCGCAGAGGAAUCGCGGCGCACUGCACCCUCGAUCAGCAUCAAUUUGCGCGGUUGCGAGGUGACGCCAGAUGUGAAUCUGGAUCAGGGAAAAUAUGCCAUACGUCUGGAGGUGUCGCCCGACGACCGCAAUGGACCCAACAGCGAGGUCUGGGUGCGUUGCGAGAACGAACAGCAAUACGCCAAGUGGUUGGCAGCCUGUCGCCUGGCCGCCAAGGGACGCACCCUAGCGGAUAGCACAUACGAGAGCGAAGUCGAUGGCAUUUUGUCCCUGCUGCAGAUGCAGCGACCCGUGCAGGGUGUACACGUCAACAUCGAUCCACGCUCGGUGGACGCUGUGGAUUAUCUGUCGGCGAAGAUGCUGCGCAAGAUGGCCGGCAAGGCGGUGCAACGCAUUCUGGAGGCACAUGCCAAUGUCCGGGAAUUGUCACUGUUGGAGGCCAAGCUGAAGUAUAUUCAGGCCUGGCAAUCGCUGCCGGACUUUGGCGUCACACUGUUUGUCAUAAAAUUCGAUGGCCACCGCAAGGAGGAGCUGCUGGGCGUUGCCCAGAAUCGCAUAAUGCGCAUGGACUUGAACUCUGGGGAUCAUAUCAAGACCUGGCGCUACAACAAUAUGAAAGCCUGGAAUGUCAAUUGGGGCAUUAAGUGCAUGAUGAUUCAAUUUAAUGACGAGAAUGUCGUCUUCUCUUGCCACUCCGCCGAUUGCAAAGUCGUCCACGAGUUCAUCGGCGGUUACAUUUUUAUGUCGAUGCGCUCCAAGGAUAUUAAUCAGACGCUGAAUGAGGAACUCUUCCACAAGCUGACGGGCGGCUGGUCGUAGACUCUAUUGUUUCUCAUUUUUAGAAAUUUGUUUAUUUGUUGACAGUGGCCUUGUUUAGAGCCCAUUUUUAUAUUCUAACGAACGUCCCUAAUCACAAUAUUAACGCAAUAUUUUGAAGGCUAUUCUCAAAUUUA